CCGGGCUGGUAUGGCUGCUCCGCAGGCCGCGCCGGUGGAGCUGGGCUUUGCGGAGGAGGCGCCCGCGUGGCGGCUGCGAAGCGAGCAGUUCCCCAGCAAGGUGGGCGGGCGGCCGGCGUGGCUGGGCGCGGCGGGGCUACCGGGGCCCGGGGCCUUGGCCUGCGCGCUCUGCGGCCGCCCGCUCGCCUUCCUGCUGCAGGUGUACGCGCCGCUUCCGGACCGCGACGACGCCUUCCACCGCGCCCUCUUCCUCUUCUGCUGCCGGGAGCCGCCGUGCUGUGCCGGCCUGCGAGUUUUCAGGAAUCAGUUACCCAGGAAAAAUGACUUUUACUCCUAUGAGCCUCCUCCUGAUGGUCCUGCCCCAGGCACAGGAGAGGCUGUGUGUCUCCAGCUGCAGUCAGGUGCCCAUCUCUGCAGGGUGUGUGGGUGUUUAGGCCCCAAAGCGUGCUCCCGCUGCCACAAGGCAUAUUACUGCAGCAGGGAACAUCAAAUGCGGGACUGGAGGAUGGGACACAAGCAGGCUUGUGCGGAGCCCGAUCAUUUGGACCAUGUAGUUCCAGACCACAACUUCCUUUUUCCAGAAUUUGAAAUUGUCAUAGAAUCGGAGGAUGAGUUUGUGCCUGAAGUUGUGGAAAAGGAAGAUGACUCUGACAUUACAGAGAGCAUGGGUGAAGCACUUGAAGAAGAACUGGAUUCCAUGGCAAAGCAUGAAUCUGAGGAAGAUAAAAUUUUCCAGAAGUUUAAAACUCAGAUAGCUGUUGAACCAGAACAGAUUCUCAGGUAUGGCAGAGGUAUCACCCCCAUCUGGAUUUCUGGUGAAAAUAUCCCUCAUGCAAAGGAUAUUCCAGAUUGCCCUUGUGGUGCCAAGAGAAUACUUGAAUUCCAGGUCAUGCCUCAACUGCUCAACUACCUGAAGGCCGACAGCCUGGGCCACAGUGUCGACUGGGGCAUCCUGACCGUCUUCACCUGUGCUGAAAGCUGUAGUUUGGGCAGUGGCUAUGCUGAGGAAUUUGUGUGGAAGCAGGACUUCGCGGACACCCGUUAAGGGCACCCCAAAGCCUCACAGGGAUACCAUAUGGGCACCAGUUCCUGUCCCACUCCCUGCUUGGGGACUGGGUGAAGCCAAGUUAUCAGUGGACAAGAGGCUUAUCAGGAGCCAAGAACACCUGGUAUGAUGGUUGACCUUGGAGCUCUCUCCCCUUUAGGUCUGCCUCUGGUUGUAAAUUAGAAAGAAGCCCCUCCCCUGAACUCCAAGGUUAUCUCCUCUCCCUUUGUUCAGGUUGGUUAAGUUGCUCUUCCCUUUUGGCUUUUUUCAAGUUUAAUUAAAAAAGGAAAACCAACCCUAGAGACUCGUAGUUCUACCCAACAUAGUGGUUAACAAAAGCUUGCAUAUCCUGGCCUUGGUCACUCUGGCUUUUUAGCAUAUAAAAGUUUGUAUGUUCUUAGACAAGGUGUGUCAUCCUAAA